CAAUCCUCAAUCAACUUGAGUUGAUGGUGAGAAAGUUAAAAAGGAUUUUAUGUAAUCAAAGCCUUUUAAGAUUGUGGAAGCAGACAAAGAAGCAGCAGUGUAGUGGAUAUACACUGGUAUAUAGACCAGCCCUCUUUACAUAUAGUAGUAUCACUUACAUAGCAUACCAGUGAUAUAGUGUGAGAUGGAGAGUACGUUGAAGGAGAUGAGAGAUGGUGCGUCUUCGCUUGACAUGUACCCAAAGCAGACCGUCGCCGGUGGCGUUGGGGACGUUUACGGUGAGGAUCGUGCCACCGAGGACCAGCUUGUCACCCCCUGGACCGUCUCCGUCGCAAGUGGGUACACUUUGAUGAGGAACCCAACCCAUAACAAGGGGCUUGCAUUUUCUGAGAAAGAGAGGGAUGCUCACUACUUGCGUGGUCUGCUACCUCCUGUGGUUAUAACUCAACAGCUUCAGGAGAAAAAAUUGAUGCACAAUAUUCGCCAAUACCAAGUUCCACUGCAGAAGUACAUGGCCAUGAUGGAUCUUCAGGAGAGGAAUGAGAGGCUGUUCUACAAACUUCUUAUUGAUAACGUUGAGGAGCUCCUCCCAGUUGUCUACACUCCAACCGUGGGUGAGGCUUGCCAGAAAUAUGGGUGCAUUUUUAAGCGGCCUCAGGGUAUCUACAUAAGUCUGAAAGAGAAGGGAAAGGUCCUUGAGGUUUUGAAAAACUGGCCCGAGAGGACCAUUCAAGUCAUUGUUGUGACGGACGGUGAGAGAAUUUUGGGACUUGGGGAUCUCGGAUGCCAGGGGAUGGGGAUACCUGUUGGGAAAUUGUCUUUGUAUACAGCACUUGGAGGAGUUAGACCUUCAGCGUGUCUGCCUAUAACUAUUGAUGUGGGGACGAACAAUGAGAAGUUGUUGAAUGAUGAGUUUUACAUUGGGCUCAGACAAAGGAGGGCAACUGGGAAGGAAUAUGCUGACCUUCUUCAUGAGUUCAUGACUGCUGUCAAGCAGAACUAUGGUGAAAAAGUUCUCGUACAGUUUGAAGAUUUUGCAAACCACAAUGCUUUUGAUCUACUAGCAAAAUACAGCACUACUCACCUGGUCUUCAAUGAUGAUAUACAAGGAACAGCUGCUGUGGUUCUUGCAGGGCUUGUCGCAUCGCUCAAGUUACUUGGCGGUACCUUGGCUGACCACACAUUUUUGUUCCUAGGUGCUGGGGAAGCUGGUACUGGUAUAGCAGAGCUUAUAGCUCUUGAGAUGUCAAAACAGAUAAAGGCUCCAUUGGAAGAGAACCGUAAGAAGAUCUGGCUUGUGGACUCAAAGGGAUUAAUUGUUAGUUCUCGUAAGGAUUCCCUCCAGCACUUCAAGAAGCCUUGGGCUCAUGAACAUGAACCUAUUCGUGAUCUCUUAGAUGCUGUCAAGGCCAUCAAACCAACAGUUCUAAUUGGAACAUCCGGAACAGGAAGCACAUUUACAAAGGAAGUGAUUGAGGCCAUGGCUUCUUUUAAUGAGAAACCUCUCAUUUUGGCUCUCUCCAACCCAACUUCACAAUCUGAGUGCACAGCUGAAGAAGCUUACAAUUGGAGUAAGGGUCGUGCAAUGUUUGCCAGUGGAAGUCCAUUUGACCCUGUAGAAUACGAUGGCAAAGUUUAUCUUCCUGGCCAGGCAAAUAAUGCUUAUAUUUUUCCUGGACUUGGUCUGGGUUUGGUCAUGUCUGGUGCAAUUCGCGUUCAUGAUGACAUGCUUCUGGCAGCUGCUGAAGCGUUGGCUGGACAAGUUUCAAAGGAGAACUUUGAUAAGGGGUUGAUUUACCCACCAUUCUCUAAUAUCAGAAAGAUCUCGGCACAUAUUGCCGCUAAUGUAGCUGCUAAAGCAUAUGAACUUGGUGUGGCAACACAUCUUCCUCAACCUCAGAAUCUGGUGAAGUAUGCCGAAAGCUGCAUGUACACUCCUAACUACAGAACUUACCGGUGAUUGGUCCCUUAAUCGUCAACAAACUAGUACUUCAAAUUCUGUUAUCUUGUUGCUUUGUCUGUUGUAAGUUCUUGUGGUGUUGUAAUAUGUGGUUUUGUGAGUAUCAUGAUAUUAGAGUCUGGAGGGAAUAAUGUUUUUUUCUGGUCGAAAACGAUGUCUACUUUAGAAGGUACCGAGUAAUGGUUUUCAAUAAUCACGGCAUCUUUUGAUA